GACAACUCCGGGUCACGUGAUUGGGUCGAGCAUCUUUUUUUUUUGGUCCAUUUUGGAUGUUAGCAAGAGCUCCGUGCAACCCAAGAAAAUGACAAAACUGCAGUUUUUAAACGUCUUUCUGACUGAGCGUCUCAUGCUUGCUGCGCAGGAGAUUUACAAGUCUGUCGAGGACACGAUUUUGGAGUACCAGGAGGAGAUAGCGAUCAGGGAGCGGGAGAACGACCAUCUGAGACGCAGGCUGCGAGACGCUGGAAUUGAAAUAUGGCCAGAUCGCCCGUCCAUGGCACUGUUGGACGAGGAGGAUGGUGAGCAUCCACGGCGCGAGUGGAGUCCCAGCAUGGGGCACGAAGAGCGUAUUCCUAUUCAGAUUAAGGAUAAAAGAGAUCUACGGGGUAACCAAGGAGAUGAUCAGCUUCGGGGGCAUGGCUCUUGCAGCACACCAGAGAACAUGUUCACUCCUCCACGUGUUGGAAAUGAAUAUCCCCAGGAAGGCCCCCACACAUCCAACCUCCCUCAGAGUCAGGGUGUGGAGAACAGAGAGAGGGAUCCUGGCUCUCGAGGCUCCUCGAGGCACGUGAAGGCGGAGAGUGGAGGGGGCCACAGAGGCUCUACUUCCUCCAACAGCGUCGCCCAGCCUCUUGCGCCAGUCAACCCAAACUGCUCAAAUGAGAACAACAUUGACAUUAUUGGGGUGGAGAAUGGAGGACAGAUGGUUGGUGCUAAGGGAACUGGAACUGGAGCUAACAGAGCACAGGCCUCCCACAUGCGAAACCAAGGAGCCAAUGCCGUGGACUGCCCCCAUCAGAAAUCCCCUUUACAAGGGCACAUGUCGUCUUUCUGCUGCAAGGUUUGUGGUGAGGCGUUUAGUCACAUUGGCCACUUGCAUGUGCACGUACAAGUGCACACACGGGAAAAACCUUACCGCUGUGGUGUAUGCGGGAAAUGCUGCAGCUCCUCCGGCAGACUCCAGGAGCACCAGCGUAGCCACACAGGAGAAAAACCGUUCCGCUGCCAGAUUUGUGGAAAAGGCUUCACACAGAUGGCUCACCUGAAGGUACACAUGAGGAUCCAUACAGGGGAAAAGCCAUACAGUUGCCCUGUGUGUGGCAAGUGCUUCAGUCGCUCUGACAAAAUCAAAAGGCAUCUGCAGACCCAUAGCCGUGAGGGAACAUAUUUCUCAGGGCAAUGACGCAAGUGUGUUGCUAAACAACCCAAUUUGUGAAUCAUAUUGAUAUGGAAAACUUUUCUACAAAAAGCUAAAAUCGCUGCCAUCAAGACAAGGCUUUUUUUUUUUUUUCCUUCCUACUUUCCAAGAAAUAGGGAUUCUGCAACUCUUAGAGAAAGUUUUUUUAUCUAACCUAAUACUUCUCCACGCCAUAGUCCCUCAAUAGAAUUUGUAUUAGCCAGUUUAGUAUGUCCUUUUCUUAAUUUUGUACUUGUCACUGAGUAUUAAAUCUCUAAGACCCAAUUUGAGUUAUUAGCUAGCCUUUCUGAAUAAUCUAGCCUUUCCUUAGUCAUAUACUUAGCAUGAUGAAGUCUUCCACACAUGCCUUGAAACUGAGAUGCAUUAAGAAAUGCAACAAUGUGCAGCACAGUCACGGCUUACUAUUAAACAGUCGCUUCAUAUCCAUAAAUUCACACUUGAUUUUAAAAUCUGCAGACAUGACAUCUCUCUUGUAAACAUUAUUUUAGAACCUAAAAUUAAGAGUCAGUAUAUACCUGAACUCAUCUCCAUUUUCUAACUUAACUAAAGGAAUUAUGACAAGUAAAGCCUGUGUGUUAUCUGGAUCAGUCUAACACUGCCAUUAGGUUUUUGUUUUUUAUGUAGCCAUUCCAAAAAAAAAAAACAAAAAAAAAAUCUAGGCAAACAAAAAGUUAGCAAAAUGCCCUCAUAGACUGUGGACUUGACUGGUUUACAAGGAAGGGUCUGAUCUGGCACUUGUCUUCGUUUUUUUUUUUUGUCAUUAUCUUAGCUGCUUUUUCUUCUCAGUGCUGUUACAUUGUUGCAGAGCUAAAUACUGCCAUCUCACAUCGUCAGUGCUUCAUGUUGUCCGUUGAAAUAUGGACAAAUCUAUCGUGAGACUGCUCCACUAUUUUGUGAAAUAAUGUGAUGUUCUGUAAAAUACCACUCUACCAUACAUUUAGGAAUAUUGUGUCUUUUUAUUCUUUUAAAUGACAUGCACUAUGGCAUCUAUCCAAGAAGAUGCAGAAAUUCAUUCUUUAACAGGGCCAUACAGUAUUAGCUGAACGUAUCUAUGGUUUUUCAGGGGUCUCAGUCUGCAAAGAUCUACGUUCACCCGUGUUUCCACCACAGUAGUCAUUUACAUGUGAGGUAUUUUUGGAGUGGCCUCAGCUGUGGUUGAUUUUUCAGAAGGGAUGGUUGGUUUAUCAUGGAAUCUGGUUCUUCCUCUGCCCAUCCUGGACUGACCCCAACCCCCGAACAGUAGACCUUACAGUUACCUUUCUCCUCUCAGGACUAAUGCUGCAUUCAUAACAUGAGGGCAUACCAGAGAUACUAACACCUGACUUAACACAGCUAUCAUACAAGUCAGAAACUCAGGGCUUGUGAGUUUUCCCAUUGAAUUUGUCCCUGCUUGUUGCAGAAACAAACAAACCAAAAAAGCAAAAAUGAACUAAAUAAAAUGCAACUUUCAGAUUGUGUCAGACCUCAGUUGUUGCUAAAGAUGCCAAGUCUUGCCCAAGUUAUCCCUCCACAUGUGAUGAACGCAGCAUGAGACAACUACAGCACGUCCUCACAGAUGACCAGCAACCCUUCACUCACAGUCUUCUCUGGGACACCUUUGCUCCCCCUGCACACACACUCUACUGUACAGUGUUGUAUCAUUGCGUAUUAAAUGUUAUUUUUUAAUAAAGUAGUCAUUGAGUA